UCCCCAAGAAAGAUCGCAAGCGCCGAAAGGGCACGAACGUCGAUCCUACGAUGCAAGACCCAGUGCCGUCGUCGUCGCUACCGCCACCGCAGCCAACUCGCGCUUCUUCAAGUCGACGACGUCGAAGGGUAAAUAAGACUUUACCAAUCGUCCUAGACGUGAACAUCGUCAAUGCCAUGUUCAGGGCAAAGCGAGUUAUCACCAGAAGCGCUAAACAACCGACGAGUACGCUACCGAUUCACGAAGAAUUGCCGGAUGAUUGGGACAUGUUAACGUUCAAACUCGUGCUACCGGGGAGCGUCAUCAAGAAGCUGAUUCACUUGACGGUCUUCUACGCAGUACAUGCCACCGAAUCUGACGAGUUAAUCAAACCUUAUUUGCCAUACCUGGAAGUGAAGGCUGUGAAGGACAUUCAGGAGAAACCCGUUGCGCUAGAUUUAAUCACCCUGCUUAAGAAAACGAUCGACGAGCUAAAUACAAAAAUACUACAGCCACUAACUAGAGAGUCUGACAGGAGUAAAUUGUUCUACUAUCGUUCCGGAACAGACAUUGCCUCAAGAGCGCAUACGACCCUACAACCGAUCAUACUAACCACAUUUUCAUACGAGCCGACUUGGAGUAUGGGGUUCAACCUUUUUAACGGAUACACGACUCCGUUGUAUUAUCCCUAUCACUACACCGUUUCCAAGGGCCACGGCCAAACAAUCGGCCGCAGAGCCCUACUGGAAUACUUCCUCAUUCCGGCGCUUACUUCGUACGAAGUUCGUAGCAACAUUAGGGACGUACUCAUCAAAACACCAUCCGACCAACAAGACGCUAUCGUCGAGCGAGUAAUCAAAACGAUUAAAGCGCUUUGCACCUUACCCGUAUUCCAAUGUGAUGUAAACCUCUGGGAGAGUGUGGGUAAAUUUGUAGAAAAGCAAAAGGAUGAUUUGGAAGCGAUGAAAGAGCUGAUUAGCCGGCUCUGUGCUCACCCUAACAUCUGGGAGAACCCACAGGCGUACGCAACGGGAGUACAAACUGCAAAUUCUCGUGUGCCACGAGAGACGCUGAGAGAGUUUCUAACAAACAUUUUUUUUUCGCGUCAAAACACGGGUAACCAGCAUGACACUUCCCUGUUAGAAGCGUCGUUCUUUUUUUACGUUACUUAUAAAGUGAUUAAGUUCAAAAAACCCAUGGUCUGCACGUUCAUAAUCGAAUGUACGAAUGUGGACGUGCUCGCCGCGUUUUACAUGCGCAUGCGCGCUAUAUUGGACCCAUACAACAUGAAGUUGAACACCGCAGUUUCAUUGUUCAUGGUUAGACACAACAUCGAAAGUAUCACGGACGCAAACUUAGGCACAGUGAACGCUACUAUGAAACGCGCACAGGCUGGAAAGCGCACAGCCAUAGGGUUUUCCCACGUGAGUCGAUACACGCCCCCAAAUUCCAAAAUUACAAGCCGUGGGAAUAGGAAGAUCUACAUUUUCCAUCUCACACACUCCUGUGAAUCGAGUAAGGAGGAUGCGUUUGCAAAUCGAUUUCUGAAUCCACAAGCAUUUGCCGACAUGUUUAGCACGCUGCUAAGCAUAUACAGUGAAAAGAACAUGGACAUCACAAAUUCGACAAUACACGAGUGGUCUAAUCGAUACCUCAGUGAAGUCUUCGAUUCGGUCCACAUUUUCAACAAAAUAAUCCCAUCGAGUUCUAACUUUCCUGCCACUUCGAACCCCCGACGACGCCGACACUCUGAAAUGGACCAAGAAGAUGUCGGCGACAUGAUCGAAGCGAAAAUCCAACACAUGACUGAUUCGACGAAUCCAUGGGCCAACGGAGAAGAAGCGGUGGCGGCAGAAGAUGCGCAAUGGCUGAGUACUCUGGACAGCGCAGCAUCUCCGUCGCGUCAGUACUUCACCCAUACCACUACGGUUCCAUCAGAAUGCCCUGUCCCCAACGAGCGACAAGUCGUUGCCGAAGACAAAGGCGAAGGGGUGGAGAAAUCUGUUCACCUUCAAGAUGAACCAGCCUGGCGAACUCCCGUGACGCCAAAGGAUGUAUCCUAAUCCACCCCACGCGGGACACCCAAUCCAGUGAUCGUCAAAGAACCCCGGUCUAUUCAUACAUCAGCCGUGAAAAGGAGGAGCACACGUAAUAAUAUAUACAACAGCCCGCAGCAAUUCCGAGGUAUAAAUUCAGAUACUUACAAUUUUGAACCAUGAUUAUUGAAAAUGAUAAUGAGAGCGAAAGCAAGAAUGUCCCAAAUUAUAUCUUGUGAAUUAUGGAGACAAUCCUAGCGAUAGUGACGAAGCAUUUCCACAGUAAUUUGUAUACGCUGACAUAACAACGGAUCGAUAUCAGAGCACUCAUUCUCGCGCGAUAAACACGACACGAGAGACAUUGACGAGUUAUUGUAUUCUGGAUCGGAUACUACUAGUGAAACGGUAGACAGUGAUAAACCUUUAUCUGACAGGGAAACGGACGACGAGAAACCACCUCCUUCCAAGAAAAGAAGAAGAAUUAUAAGCCCGGGGAUUCACGAAGAUGGUCAAGUUCCUGGACUUCAAGAACAAAAAUGUGUGUCAAAGAAAAAUUGCCUGAUGUUAUUGAACAAUAAAAAAAAAUUAAA